AUGGCUCGCAUUUUUCGUUUUCUGGCUCCAUUGGCCAUAGUCGGAAUAAUAUCCAAUAACUAUGUUGUUGCUGAAUUAUCAGAUAUAGAAUCUGAUGGGUCACUCCUGCUCAAUAAUGAGGAAUGUGGAAAACGGCAUUACGAAAAAUCUGAAUUCCCUGUCAAUUCUCGUUUGUUCGAGCAUCCCUGGCUUGUUCGGUUUGGCUUCAAACGGGACGAUUUAGUAAUUAACAUUUUUCAAGGGCUUUUGAUCCACAAAGAGUAUGUGUUGACGACGGUACACGUGGCACGGUUUGAAGACUUUGGGCAACUUACAUACGCGCGUCUGGGAGAAUACAACACCACUAGUGAUCGUGACUGCAUAGAGGGGAAUUCAAAUCAAAAUAAAGAUUGUGCCCCCGCUGUACAGGAUAUUUUAGUCGAUGUGGUAAUUCCCCAUCCAGAUUUUAAUCUGUUCAAACAGUCGAAUAAUAUCGCCCUGGUGAAACUACGCUCGGCAGCUAACAUAAAUGGGUUAUCAGUGGUCCCUAUCUGUUUGAACCAAGAACUGGACGUUGAGGCGUUCUUGUACACUGCCUCUUGGUGUGGACGAAGAGAUACGGGUCUGUCUAUGGUCCCAAAGCAGUACCAACUGGAAAAAAUCAGCCCUCAGGACUGCAGCGACCGCAUGCCUGGUUACACCAUACACUUGACUGAUGGAAUGUUUUGUGUAAUUUUCGGAAAAACCCAUAGAACACCGCAGGCAGAUAAGAAAAAAGAGCCAAACCUACGGGGAGGAAACGGAGGACCUAUUUUCACCGUGCAAGGAGACAACAAAAUCUAUCUUAUUGGGCUUUUGUCGUACGGACCUCGAUACCCGGCCGCACUAGAUCAACCUUAUAUAAUCACACCGGUAGCGCCGUACUACAAUUGGUUCACGGAAACCAUUCAGAGUGAUCUUGAAAAACGAAAGUAUACAUCCUUCACAUAA